AUGACGAUUAUACCAACAGAACAGACCGCCCUCAUUGGCCGGGAAGACGGCAACUUGGGACUUGGACACCACGUCAAAGUGCCGGAACUGGGAGAUGAUAUGAUCCUGGUCAAGAACAUGGCCGUGGCACUAAACCCCAUCGACGUAAAGAUGGUGGGCAAACUCGCCACUCCUGGGGCUGUAGCCGGCAUGGACUUCGCCGGCGAAGUGGUAUCCAUAGGCUCCAAGGUGCAGACAAGCGUUCCCAUCCAGAUCGGGGACCGCGUCUGCGGCGCCGUGCCGGGCAUGCACGCUCUCACUCCGACCGUGGGCGCUUUUGCCCAGUAUGUGGGCGUCUCCGACGUUGUCACCAUGAAGAUACCGAACCACCUCUCGUUCGAGGCGGGUGCAUCCCUGGGAAGCGGCAUCGGCACCAUCGGACAGGCACUCUUCCAGUCGCUGCAGGUUCCUGGCACUCCUGACAAGCCCUGCGAGAAGCCUGUUCAGGUUCUCGUGUAUGGUGGAAGCACGGCGACGGGCACGCUGGCCAUCCAACUGCUCAAACUGUCCGGUCUGGACCCCAUCGCCACAUGUUCGCCGCAUAACUUCAAACUGGUCAAGUCGUACGGCGCUUCGGCGGUUUUCGACUAUCACGCCCGUCCCGCACCCGACUCCUCGGACUCGGCGGAUCAUGCUGACACCCCCGAAGCCGCCAUCAAACGUCACACCCGCGGCUCUCUCCGGUACGUGCUCGACUGCAUCUCGGAGCCUGAUACAAUGCAGUUCUGUUACCGGUGUCUGGGUCGCGCGGGCGGCAGAUACACGGCCCUGGAGCCCUUCCCUGCCUUCCUGGCCGAGUCGCGCAAGCACACCGUCGCGGCCGGCUGGGUCCUGGGCCCGACGCUGCUGGGCAAGCCGCUUGGCUGGCCCGAGCCAUUUGCGCGUGCCGGGGAUCCCAAGGAUCGCGAGUUUGCGCGCUGGUGGUUCGCCAUUGCGCAGAGGCUCCUGGAUGAGGGGACCCUGAGGAUGCAUCCGCUGAGGAUUGUGAACGAGCGGGGAGGCGAGGGGUUUGCGGCCGUGGAGGAGGGCUUGGCGAUAUUGAGAAAAAAGCAGGUCUCUGGGCAGAAGCUCAUAUGCCGUAUCAAGUAG